AUGAUGGUGGUUAAGGACAAUGAUGAAGUACCAUCUAACGAAAUAACUGAAAUCGAAUCCAAAGUUGAAAAAUCAAAAACUGGAAUCGGGAGGCAGUCAAAUGGACAACCAUUAGUCAUAAAUCCCCAAAAGUACAUAAAUCAAAUAAAGCGAAUCUCGCAUACUAUCAAAAUACAAGCUCAUAAAAAAUUAAUAAUCAAUACAACAUCGAUAAUGUCAGCAAAUGAACUGACGAAAAUUGCCGAGGUACGUCCGUAUUACCAUCACGGAACUACGCAAUAA